AGUACAUAUAAAGGGAUGGGGCAACAGAGCAGCCAGUCAGGGAGAGAAGACAGGAUGAAGCAGGUGUGUGUGCUGAUACUACUGCUGGCGCUCUCCGAAGCCACAGAGGCCAGUGCCAUUAUAUUUCCCGGCCAACUGGACCACGCUGAAGGGGAUGACUGUCCCACUAGCUCUGGCAGGCCGGGCACGUGUUCCCGAUCCUGCAAACACUCUGUUGGCCUUGGGGAGCCUUCCAGGUGUGGCGUUAAGGACUCAGCCUUCCUCGUCUGCUGCGAGAUCCCCACGAGUCCGGGUGGAGUCGCUCUGGCCCUCACGGACAUCAGCGCCCCGAGCGUCACCUUCCAAUGCGGAAGAAAUGCGCAAAACUUCCUAUUUUCGUUUGGGUCUUCCGUUGGCAAUGUGCUGCGUCCUGAAGAAUUUACGCCUCCUGGCGAGAUACCAGAACUUGAGGUGAACAGACCUGUUCGGUCUGUUCCUAGUGAACUGCAGCCUGAAGAAAUGGAACGCCCAGGGUUUAGAGAGAUCGAAGCAGAAGCAGCAAUAGGAGCAAUUAACGCAAAGCGAAAUGCCUGGCCAUGGAUGGCACUGAUUGGAGAAAAUGAUGCGACGGGAAUCAGAUGGUUCUGCGGCGGAGUGUUGAUCAGCGAGCAGUGGGUCUUGUCAGCCCUUCACUGUUUCUUUCACAACACGGCCGACGUGGUACGUCUUGGUGAACACAACUACAAUGACGACAACGAUGGGGCGAACCACCAGGACUUUGGAGUGGCAGAGACGGUGCUUCAUCCUGACUUCAAGUUUGGAGAGGGUUACCAUGACCUGGCUCUCCUCAAGCUGGACAAACCGGUCGUAAUACAGGAGUUCAUCAGUCCCGUUUGCCUGCCGUGGGGGACGGAAAGCGACAAGGACGUCACGACACGGACGGCGACACUCACUGGCUGGGGCGACACUUUGCUGGGUGGGUUCCCCAGCUCAAUCCUACAAGAGGUCAACGUGACAGUGUUCCAAUCUGCCCAGUGUGACCGCAGCUACUCUACCUUACCCAAUUAUGCAGACACCUGGCCUCGGGGCAUCGGGAAGGAGAUACUGUGCGCUGGAGAUCUUAACGGAGGGCGGGACGCUUGCCAGGGUGACUCAGGUGGACCCCUUGUGACUCGGGAAGCCCGUGGACGCUUUGUGCUGGCGGGCGUCGUGUCUCGAGGAUACGGCUGUGGCCACAAGGACUACCCUGGACUGUACGUCAACAUGCGCCACGGGCCCUACCUCGCCUGGAUCAAGAAGGUCGCAUUCACCACACCCUGAGAUGAUUUUCUACAGUCCUUAGUGGCGAGAUGCUGGGAAAUUAGUACUGAAAGGACUAUAACUGCUGUAACUUUAUUGUGUCUUUAUAUCUGAAUUCCUUUGCCCAAUGUGAUUGUAUAAGUCAGUGUAUCUCAUUUAUAGAAUAAAGAUGUGGAAUAGUA